AUGAGUGACGACUAUAAGGAGCCUUCACGGGCUAUUUUCGUGCAGCACGACCUGCGCCACUUCGUGGGAUCCCCAGCUCAGCAGAUGAUCUUGGUCUUCAUCAAGCACCUGAACGAAAGCGUGAAGGGAAAACGCAUUUCCAGCGACAUUGAAGUGUCUCCGAACGUGCAAAAGGCUGUGGACCUCGUGCGCGAAAUUGACUCGUGGAUUGACGACAUUCCACCUAUUCAGCAGCCGAUGCGCUUUGGCAACCGAGCGUUUCGCACGUUCCACGAUCGUGUGCUUGAGAGGACACGUGAGAUGCAGGAAAAGGCGUUGCCAGAGGAGCAGCGGGGCGCUGUCAUUGAAUUGGCGGCAUAUCUCGAGGACUCGUUUGGGAACCGUGUUCGGAUCGACUAUGGCACUGGUCACGAAACGAGCUUUAUUGUGUGGAUGUGUUGUCUGCACAAGAUUGGCUUUUUCAAACAGUCGGACUUCCCAGCACUUGUGCUGCGGCUGUUCAAUUCGUACCUGGCAUUGAUGCGCCGUCUGCAGAAGCAGUAUAUGCUGGAGCCAGCAGGCUCUCAUGGUGUCUGGGGACUGGAUGACUACCACUGCCUGCCAUUCUACUUCGGGUCUGCCCAGCUCAUUGGACAGCACGAGAUAUUGCCUGAAAGUGUGCACGACGACAGUGUGCUCGAGACGAAUAGCCACAAGUACUUAUACCUUGACGCGAUCAAGUUUAUUAAGGAAGUGAAGGCAGGUUCACCCUUUGCAGAAACAUCUCCGAUGUUGAACGACAUCAGUGCGCUGCCAUCGUGGGAGAAGACGAACAAAGGGAUGCUAAAGCUGUACGAAGGCGAAGUGUUGAAGAAGUUGCCAGUCAUCCAGCAUUUACGGUUCGGUACGCUUUUCCCUUGCACGUGGACUCCGAGUCACGAAGCCGACGACGGAUCGACGUAUACUCCUGUGAGCUCGCACCCAGGCACGAGUGUCCGUGCUCCUCCUACCUUUUGUCCUGAAGAUGUGUCGACCAAAGCGCCAUGGGCUACCGCCGAAACGGCGGCAGCUGCGAAGGACACUUCGAUGCCGCCCUCGCGUCGAGCCGAACAGACACUGGACAAGUAA